AUGGCAGUUGGGAUCCAGCUUGGUCUCUUGCUGUGGAAGAACCUGACCUAUCGCAGAAGGAAUAAGAUCCAGCUGAUCAUCGAACUGCUGUGGCCGUUGUUCUUGUUCCUCAUCCUGAUCUCAGUGCGGCGUUCUCACCCCCCGUACAAACAGGGCCAAUGUCAUUUCCCCAACAAAGCGUUGCCCUCUGCGGGCACGCUGGCAUGGGUACAGGGCAUCAUAUGCAACGUAAACAACCCUUGCUUCCACAAGCCCACGCCUGGAGAAACGCCCGGGCGAGUGGGCAACUUUGAUAAGUCCAUAAUCUCUCGUCUGCUGGUCGAUGUAAGAGCUCUUCUCGCGUACAGCGGGAACCAGACGGAUUUGUUCGGCCUUCAGGAGCUCCUGCUCGCUGCUCAGAGACUUGGAGAGAGGCCAGGAGCAUGGCCAAAUUUACCGGUGGGGGAAUAUCUUCGAGCCAAUGAAACGUUUUCUGCCUUUCUACGGGCCAAUGGCAGCCUACCGUCAGAAACUGUGGAGCAUUUGCUCAGGGCAAAACUCAACCUCCAAGUGGUGUCUAUGGCGGGAGCGGGCGUGCGGCUGGCCGACAUCGUGUGCAACGAGACCGUUCUGGGCCGUUACCUGACCGUGUCCCCUGGGGACUCCUUUUCGGAUCUGCAGGCGGGUUUAUGCGCCGUCCCCGCGGACACGCUGCAGCGCGCUGAGCAGCUUUUCCUUUCUCAGCUCGACUUCACCAAGAUCUUUACGAGAGACAGGCUGAUCUCUAACGUCGCAGAGCUGAGGGUCCUCGGCCAGGCCGUCUCCUCCACAUCCCAGAGGCUUGCCCGCACCAUGGAAGAACUGUCCGCUCUGUCCAGCGUCACGGAGCUGAACUCCGAGCUGAGGUUACUGUCGGCGGAGAACCGAUCGGCACUGCCGCGGGAGAGCCUGAGAGCGCUGGCCAGGAUCGUGUGUGGGCACCCUGAGGUGGGCGGAGACAGAAUCCCCUCCUUCAACUGGUACGAGGACCAAGACAUCAAGUCGUUCCUGGGGAGGAACGGCUCGGAGGGAACAGAUCUAAAGGAAGACAACACCACCUCGCCGUACUGCAAAAACCUGAUCGAAGGUCUGGAGUCGAACCCUGUUUCCCGCAUUGUGUGGAGGGGAGUCAAACCGCUGUUUGUCGGAAAACUUCUCUACACCCCAGACACACCUGUCACACGCAGCAUCAUGAAAGAGGUGAACAGGACGUUUCAGGACCUGCAGCUGUUGCAGGAGCUGUCGGGGGCGUGGGAGGAGGUGGGACCACGAGUAAAGACGUUUAUGGAAAACAGCGUGGAGAUUCGUAUGCUACAGGAGCUGUUGAGGCGGCCGGAGGUGGCUGUGUUAGUCAAUAUGCGUUUAGAAAACACCUCAUGGACAGCGUCUCGGAUCUUGCGUUUCCUGACCACCCCCCCUCCGGGUUCUCCCAGACGGGAGGGGGCGGCGGUGACUUGGCUGGACCUUUAUGAGGAUUUGAACAGCGCUAUCACCACUCUGUCCCAGUUUACCAAGUGUUUCUCUGUGAAUAAGCUGGAGGGCGUUGCUACGGAGGGAGAGCUGGUCGACAGGGCUCUGGAGCUGCUCGACAGUCGACAGUUUUGGGCGGGAAUCGUCUUCCUCCUCCCCGACCCUUCGUCUCCGGACCUGCCCCCUCACGUCUCCUACAAGAUCCGCAUGGAUAUCGACGACGUCACCCGCACCAAUAAGAUCAAAGACAAGUUUUGGGACCCAGGCCCGGCAGCGGAGCCCUUCAGUGACCUGCGGUAUGUUUGGGGAGGGUUUGUCUACGUGCAGGAUGUGGUGGAACGGGCCAUAACACGCGUGUUGAGCGGAAAAGACCUGAAGACUGGGAUAUAUGUUCAGCAGAUGCCCUACCCGUGUUACACCGAUGAUAUUUUUCUGCGUGUGUUGAAUCGUUCUCUGCCUCUCUUCAUGACCCUGGCCUGGAUCUACUCCGUGGCCAUGAUCAUUAAGGGAGUGGUGUACGAGAAGGAGGCCCGUCUGAAGGAGACCAUGCGCAUCAUGGGUCUGGGGACGGGGACUCUGUGGACCAGCUGGUUCAUUAGCAGCUACCUGCCCUUCCUCACCAGCGCAGGUCUCCUCAUCGCUGCCCUCAAGUGGGGCGACAUUUUGCCCUACAGUGACCCGGCCGUGGUUUUUUUCUUCUUGGCUGCGUUCGCCACGGCGACCAUUAUGCAGUGUUUCCUCAUCAGCACAUUCUUUUCGCGGGCCAACCUGGCGGCAGCCUGCGGGGGCCUGAUCUACUUCUCCCUCUACCUGCCCUACGUCCUGUGCGUGGCCUGGCGGGAACACCUGACCACCACACACAGAGUCCUAGCCAGCCUGCUGUCUCCCGUGGCGUUUGGCUUCGGCUGUGAGUAUUUCUCCCAGUACGAGGAACAGGGGGUGGGAAUUCAGUGGUUCAACUUACGCUCCAGUCCUGUAGAGGGCGACUCUUACAGCUUCACCACCUCCAUCGUACUCCUUUAUGUCGACGCCGUCAUCUAUGGCAUCGCCACCUGGUACAUCGAAGCUGUGUUUCCAGGUGAAUUCGGCAUCCCCAGGCCGUGGUAUUUCAUCUUUCAGCUGAAUUACUGGGGCGGGGUCCCGCUAGAGGUGGGUCUGCCCGUUCCGCCUGCUCCCACUGACGAACCAACAGAUCGCAUUGAAGCUGAACCGACGCAUCUCAUCCUCGGAGUUUCCAUUCGCAAUCUGGUGAAAAUCUAUAAAAAGGGCGCCAAGCUAGCUGUCAAUCAUCUCAACCUCAAGUUCUAUGAAGGUCAAAUCACCUCUUUCCUGGGUCACAAUGGCGCUGGGAAGACAACCACAAUGUCCAUCUUGACGGGGCUGUUCCCGCCCACUGCAGGGACAGUGUAUAUUAAAGGCAUGGACAUCCGAACAGACAUGGACACGAUCCGAAGAACCUUGGGCGUCUGUCCUCAACACAACGUCCUCUUUGACAUCCUGACGGUGGAGGAGCACGUGUGGUUUUACGGUCGUCUGAAGGGGAUGUCCGGCGAGGAGGUGAAAAAAGAACUGAACUCGUUACUGGAGGACGUGGGCCUGCUCCACAAACGCCACGAGCAGACCAGAAACCUCUCAGGCGGGAUGCAGAGGAAGUUGUCUGUGGCGAUUGCCUUCAUAGGGGGGUCGAAGGUCGUGGUCUUGGAUGAACCCACCGCCGGAGUCGAUCCAUAUUCACGCAGGGGCAUAUGGGACCUGCUGCUGAAAUAUCGCAAAGAUCGGACCAUCAUCCUGUCCACGCACUACAUGGACGAGGCAGAUCUCCUUGGAGACCGCAUCGCCAUCAUCUCCCAGGGCAAGCUGUGCUGCUGCGGGUCUCCGCUCUUCCUCAAGGCCCGUCUGGGCACGGGGUACUACCUCACCGUGGUGAAGAGAGAGGUGGAGAGUAGGACACCCAGCAAUGCCAGCGCAGGGAAGCGCUCCCUGCCCCCCAGUGGAAAGGGGAGUGACUCUUCACUGAGUGAUGACACAGGCUUAGGCAGUGAAGACCAUGGUCCAGACGUGGGAGCUCUCGUGGCCCUGGCCCAGCAGCACAUCCCUGCCGCGCGAUUGGUGGAGGACGUGGGCAGGGAGGCCGUGCUAAACCUCCCACACUCCGCCUCCGAGGACGGAAGCCUGGCUCUGUUUUUGGCCGAACUGGAGAAAAAACGGAGCGAGUUUGGCAUCACCAGCUACGGGCUUUCAGACACCACACUGGAAGAGAUCUUUUUAAAGGUUGCCGAGGAGACAGGCGUGGAUGCCGACCCCGAGGCGGGUCAACCUGCUGCAUCAGGGAGCCAGCAGGGGGCGCCGUCAGAGGACGGAGAAGCAGAGCCGCAGGAGACGGACCUGCUGAGCGGAGACGGGCGAGGGGGCGUGGCGUUGAUAGGGUGGGCGUUAACCUGGCAGCAGCUGCGGGCGCUGUUCGUCAAAAGAUGGCUGUACGCUCGUCGCAGUCGAAGAGGAUUCUUGGCCCAGAUCGUGCUUCCGGCCGUGUUUGUCCUGGUCGCUCUCCUCUUCAGUCUGAUUGUUCCUCCGUUUGGGAAGUAUCCCCCGCUGGAGCUCCAGCCCUGGAUGUAUGGAGAACAGUACACCUUCUUCAGUAACGAUGCCCCUGCAGAUCCUGACGUGCAGAACCUACUCAGCGCUUUGCUCGAACCGCCGGGCUUUGGGACCAAAUGCAUGGACACGGACACGGGUCCGCAGUGUGAGGACGUGGAGGCGGGGACUUGGUUCCAGAGGCCUCAGAUCCAGUACGCCACAUGGCAUAUGUUAACUAACAGGAACUGGACGGCUGAUCACCCGUCACCCGAGUGUGAAUGCAGCACUGAGACCGUCCGCAGAAUGCUGCCAGACUGCCCCGAUGGGGCGGGGGGAUUCCCCCCACCAGAGAUUAAGCGAAUGACCGGCGACAUCCUGCAGAAUUUGACCAAUCGUAACAUAUCUGAUUACCUGGUGAAAACAUACCCCCAGAUCCUCCAGAAAAGUCUGAAGACUAAGAAGUGGGUGAAUGAGUUUAGGUAUGGAGGCUUCUCUCUGGGUGCGAGGGCGUCCCAGGAUCUGCCUGAGGUUCAUCACGUGGAGGAGGCUGUCAUGACCAUUAGACAGCGUUACAGAGUGGCAGAGAACAGUUCACUGGACCAUCUGUUAGACAGACUACCAGACUUUCUCUCAGGACUCAACACUGAGAAAAACGUUAAGGUGUGGUUUAAUAACAAAGGUUGGCAUGCCAUGGCGUCGUUCAUAAACGUGAUGAAUAACGGGCUGCUGCGUGCCAGUCUGCCCCCGGGACCAGAGAGGAGGAAACACGGCAUCAGCGCCUACAACCAUCCGCUCAACCUCACCAAGGAGCAGCUGACGGAGAUGGCACUAAUGACCACCUCGGUGGAUGUACUGGUGUCCAUCUGUGUCAUUUUCGCCAUGUCCUUUGUGCCGGCCAGUUUUGUUCUGUUUCUGAUAGAGGAGAGAGUCAGCAAAGCCAAGCACCUUCAGUUUGUCAGCGGCGUCAAACCCUAUCUGUACUGGACAGCCAAUUACAUCUGGGAUAUGCUGAACUAUGCUGUUCCUGCCAUUAUGGUUAUCCUCAUUUUCAUCAGUUUUCAGCAGCAAUCGUAUGUCUCAGAAACCAACCUGCCAGCCCUGGUCCUGCUGCUCUUAUUCUACGGCUGGUCCAUCACUCCGCUCAUGUACCCGGCGUCCUUCGUGUUCACCGUGCCCAGCACGGCGUACGUGGUCCUCACCUCCAUCAAUCUCUUCAUCGGCAUCAACGGCAGCAUCGCCACCUUCGUCCUGGAGCUGUUUGUCGAUGAGUAUUUGAACGAGGUCAACAGGAUACUGAAGAAGGUCUUUCUGAUCUUUCCUCACUUCUGUCUGGGUCGAGGUCUCAUUGACAUGGCGAAGAACCAAGCCAUGGCAGACGCUUUUCAGAGACUGGGUGCCAAGCAGACACUAGAUCCACUAGCCUGGGACUUUGUGGGAAAGAAUUUAUUCUUCAUGGCAGUUGAGGGUGUCGUCUUCUUCAUAUUCACCGUACUGCUUCAGUACAAAUUCUUCAUUAAGAUAAGGCCAUGGUCAGACCCCACACUGCCCCCUGUUGGUCCGGAGGACGAGGACGUGGCGAGGGAGAGAGAGCGGGUGAAGUCUGGGAAAGCUCAGGGAGAUAUCCUCACAAUUGUUGACCUGAGUAAGGUUUACAAGGCUGGCAGGAAACCAGCUGUCAAUCGCCUGUGUCUGGGUAUUCCCAGAGGAGAGUGUUUCGGGCUUCUGGGGGUGAAUGGAGCAGGGAAGACCUCCACCUUCCGCAUGCUGACGGGCGACACCACCAUUACUUUUGGAGAGGCUUGGCUCAGCAAAUACAGCGUGCUCACAGAAAUGGAGCGCGUUCACCAGCUGAUGGGCUAUUGCCCUCAGUUCGAUGCCAUCAGUGACCUGCUGACGGGCAGAGAGCACCUGGAGUUCUACGCUAGGCUCAGAGGGGUUCCAGAAGCUUCUGUCUCAAAGGUGGCCCAGUGGGGAGUGAGGAAGCUAGGUUUGACUCAGUAUGCUGACAGGGAGGCGGGAGGCUACAGUGGAGGCAACAAACGCAAACUCUCCACAGCCAUCUCCCUCAUCGGAUCUCCUCCCGUCAUAUUCCUGGAUGAGCCCACGACAGGCAUGGAUCCCAAAGCGAAGCGCUUCCUAUGGGACUGCAUUCUGAGUGUCAUUAAAGAGGGCAGAGCUGUCAUUCUCACGUCCCACAGCAUGGAAGAGUGUGAAGCUCUUUGCACGCGUAUGGCCAUCAUGGUGAACGGACAGUUCCAGUGCCUGGGCUCAGUACAGCACCUUAAGAACAGGUUCGGGGACGGUUACACGGUAAUCCUGCGUCUGUCUGGAGCAGCACAGGAACCGUGUCCCGUGGAAGCCUACAUGGAGAAGUCUUUCCCAGGGAUCCAGCUGAAGGAAAGACACCAGAAUGUUCUGCAGUACCAGCUGCCUUCUCAAGCCUGUUCUCUCUCCCGCGUUUUCGACAUACUCUCCAAUAACUACGAGGAGCUCGGCAUUGCUGACUAUUCUGUUUCUCAGACCACGCUAGACCAGGUGUUUGUGAACUUCGCCAAGGAGCAGACGGACGACGAUGACCAGCUGAGAGAGGUGACCGUAAACGGCGGGGCCGCGGCAGCUCCGCCGAACCAACCGCAGACAACCACUACACUCAAAUCGCCGAACACUUCCCCUCGUUCCAGCGGUUCCAGGUCACCGUCCACAAGCUCGUCCGCUCGGUCCGUCAAGUCAGGGGGGUCAAAGGUCAAAGAGGUCAAACCGAAGACGCAGACGGACCCGACACCCCCCCAGGAGGUUCAGAUGCAGCCAGCGGGGGGGUCGCCCGCUGACGGAUCAAAACGGGAGGGAAAGAGCUCGAAGAAAGAUCCCGGCAAGCUGUUUACGGUAGACGCGGAAACAAAGGACAGCAAGGUUUGA